GGAGGACCCAGCCUUUCUCUCUUGCAAAAUGGCGGCCACAGCUCCCGGUGCGGCUCCUCCCGCGGCCGCCCCGCCGCAGAGUCCGACGGCGGCUCCCACCGCCCCGGCGGGGAGCGCUCCGCCCGCGGCCGCGCCGACUCCGCCGGCCGCGCCGGCCCCGCCACCCGCCGCGCCACUGUCAGCCGCGCUCUCGGGCCCUUUUCCCGGCGGCCGCGUGGUGCGGCUGCACCCGGUUGUGCUCGCCUCCAUCGUGGACAGCUUCGAGCGGCGCAAUGAGGGCGCGGCGCGGGUCAUCGGGACGCUGCUGGGGACCGUGGACAAGCACUCGGUGGAGGUCACCAACUGCUUCUCCGUCCCGCACAACGAGUCCGAGGAUGAGGUGGCUGUGGAUAUGGAAUUUGCCAAAAACAUGUAUGAGUUGCACAAGAAGGUGUCUCCUAGCGAGAUCAUCUUGGGCUGGUAUGCAACAGGCCAUGACAUCACGGAACACUCAGUCCUGAUCCAUGAGUAUUACAGCCGGGAAGCACACAAUCCAAUCCACCUCACUGUGGACACAAGUCUCCAGAAUUCACGCAUGAGCAUUAAAGCCUAUGUCAGUGCCCCGAUGGGAGUCCCUGGUAAAACUAUGGGCGUGAUGUUCACACCACUAACAGUGAAAUAUGUUUAUUAUGAUACAGAGCGGAUAGGAGUGGAUCUUAUCAUGAAGACCUGCUUUAGCCCCAACCGAGUGAUUGGCUUGUCCAGUGACUUACAGCAGGUGGGGUCUGCAUCAGCCAGGAUCCAGGACACCCUGACCAUGGUGCUGCAGUACGCCGAGGACGUGCUGUCUGGCAAAGUGGCUGCUGACAACACUGUCGGGCGCUUCCUGAUGGAUCUUAUUAACCAGGUGCCAAAGAUUUCACCAGAGGACUUUGAGACCAUGUUGAACAGCAAUAUCAAUGACCUACUGAUGGUAACCUACUUGGCAAAUCUCACACAGUCACAGAUUGCUCUCAAUGAAAAACUUCUGAGUUUAUAAUGAAACUUUUGCCACCCUACACUUUAAGGAGCCCGAAGAAUGAGCAGAUACACUUUUCUGUGGUGUUAGAAAUUUCCUUGGACUGUAAUUUAAUGACCUACAUGACUUGGUUUACAUCGUUAUUUGCAUUGUUCUGAAAAGUCCCUAAAAUGCUUUAGGAAAUGAAUGGGAGUGGCUGCAGUUUAGCUGAGCCUGGUAUUUUAAAAUGGAAUAUGAGAAUCUUAUGUCUUGUGGAUUUGUCUACUUGUAUAACAAAACACAGCUUUAUUGUAAGAAUGUAUUUGGAAUAAAAGUUCCAUUGCAGUGGCAACAAUGGCUUCUGUCCAGAAGAAAAAA